GGACCCCGGUUGCUAGGGUGUGUCUCCUUGGCCUCCUAGAGGGUGGAUCCGUGGUGCUUCUUCGGGAACAGCCUCCUGCAGGAAGACCCGCCACCUUGCUGGACCUUUACCUCGCUGCCUAGAUUCCGAGGAAUAGGAGAUAGGAGACGAAAAGCCAGUUGGUUUGGGAAGCGGCUGAUUAUCCUAAAGGGUAGUGUGGGAGUCCAGCACUUCCGUGCACCUCUUUGGGUACUACGGAAGGGAGAUUUCCAGCAUCGAGUGGAAUGUAUGACCAGGGAGUACACCUUGAGCGUUUGUGUGCAGUUAUCUUUUGGCGGAUUAUGAAAAACAGCACUUAUUAUUCAUUAAAAUGCAAAAGCCCCCACUACUUCUUCGAAGACCCUUACCUCCAAAAUUCACUAAGCCGUCUUUACAUGAGAUAAAAACCCAUACAGCCAAAACUGGUAAAACUGGGUCACUACACGUAACAUUCACUGAAGAUGAAACCACUUCCAUUAAAACGGAUAAAACUCGUUUUCCUGAUGUUUUAAGAAAUCAAUCAUUAACACCUAUCAAUAUCCAAAAUAUCUUUUUUGAUCAUUGUGUACAAGAAAGAGUGACUGCAAUUUCAUCACCCCAAAAACCUACUAAGCAUGUCUAUGAGCAGAUUCCAGAUACUGCUACUGGUUCCAUAUUUUUUCCACGUUGUCAUUCAGCUUCUACUCGAAUUUUUGGGAAACAAACAAACAAAAUGGAAAGUUCCAGAAAGUUGAAAACUAUGAAAGAUGUUUAUACUGAAAAAAGGCUAGAAAACAUUUUAAUUCUUUCUUCCAAGUUUUCCAAACCUGAAAGUACUCCUGGCUCAGUUAUCACUCACAAACUUGAGAAUGUGCACCCUGAGCAUCAACCUUUACCGGAGAGUCCAGGCGAUACUUAUCAGCACAUCUCGAGAGAUUUAAGUGCAACAGUGCCAAGCCCUCCACCUACAACUGUAUCUGUGAAACCAGAAGGACAGUGGCCUGAAUGUUUUAAACCAACUGCUACAUUGACACUAAAAGUUACUCAAUUUCCAGGUUUUGUUUCCUUGCCAACACCAAUUUUACCAAGAAAACCUCACAGGCAGUCUGUGAUAGAAACUCUUGUAGCAGAACAUGAAAAUGUAGAAAGUGUCCCAAAGCAAAUCCUACCAAGACCACCUGAAGAAUCAGAGAUACAGAUUGUACGUGGUGAAGGUUUUAAGACUGUUGCAGCAACACGAUAUGAAACAAUAACAGCCAUGACCAACCUGGCCAUAGUAAACUGUCAAGUAUAUGGAAGAAAUGCACUUAAUCUGAAGGGCUUUUUUAUACUACAUUGUCCAGACUUAACACCUUUAGCUUUCCAGUUGAUAUAUCUUAAUUUGUCAUUUAAUGAUCUUCAUUACUUUCCCACAGAAAUAUUGUGUCUUAAAAAUUUACAAAUACUGAAACUGAGAAAUAAUCCUAUCAAAGAAAUUCCUUCUGAAAUUCAACAACUUGAGUUCCUUAGAAUUUUCACCAUUGCUUUUAAUUUAAUUACUGUUCUUCCAACUGGGUUAUUUUCCUUGUCUUAUCUUGAAGAACUUGAUGUUUCCUAUAAUGAACUUACUUUUAUUCCAAAUGAAAUUCAGAAACUCAGAUCACUUGAAAGACUGACCGUUGAUGGGAAUGAACUGAAUUUUUUCCCACAUGGAAUUUUGAAGCUUAACCUGACAAAAAUUCAGUUUGAGAAUAAUUUCACUCAUCCUUGUUUUUGGAGAGAGAAUUCUUUGAAUAAUCCACAACAACUUACUCAAAUUAUUUCUUUGUUCAUUGUCCAAAAUAAACUACAUAAAUUUUAUGAUAAGAUCCCAGUAGAAGUUCAGAAGUUACUAAACUGCACAUCCAGGUGUGAAUGGUGUCAUGGUCCCAAGUUUGGUGAAGGUUUUCGUGUCAUCCGAUCCUGUGAUAUUUUUGGAGCAUCACAGCUUCCAGUUAUGUUUCAUGUCUGUUCUUCUUCUUGCUAUAGAAGAAUAAAGGAAAGCAGUUUUAUUUUAGAUGGUAGUCCUAGUAGAAGAAUAGCUCUAGAUGUGGAGUUGUCAAAAGAAUUAUAG